AUGUCCAAGGGCUUUUCGGCAAACAUGAAUUUCUACCCGGCACCUCCGGUCAUCGAGGCCAGAAUCUGGGUCCGCAUCCCGGACGAGCUGCGGUGCACGGGGCAGGCGACAGAAUGGAAGGGCGGGUCGGCGUUGCCUUUCUCGGGCAUCUUCCUGGAAGGCCCGACUGCGGACAGCCAGGGAAACGUCUUCGUGACGGAUAUUCCGUACGGGCGUAUCCUCAAGAUAGACGCCGAGAAGAAGGUGUCCGAGUGCGUCCGGUACGACGGCGAGCCGAAUGGCAUGGUUCUGCGGGACGAUGGACUGAUUGUUGUGGCGGACUACAAACAGGGCCUCCUUCUCUUCGAUCCCUCGACGCAGACCAUCUCACCGCACCUCACCAGGCGCAAUCUCGAGCGCUUCAAGGGUCCAAAUGAUCUCAUCAUCUCAAGCACCGGCGAGCUGUUCUUCACGGAUCAAGGUCAAACUGGGAUCACAGACCCAACUGGAGCCGUCUACCGCCAGUCUCAUGGAAGCAAGCUUGACUGUUUGCUUAAUAACGGCGUGUCGCCGAACGGGCUGGCGCUGACGCCCGACGAGCGCUUCCUCUACGUGGCAAUGACCCGGGCCAAUGCUGUGUGGCGACUGCCUCUGAAUGCAGACGGCUCAACGACAAAGGCUGGCGUCUUCUUUCAAUCAUUUGGCAAUGCGGGACCCGACGGGCUGGCAGUGGAUGAGGAGGGGAGUCUCUUUGUCUGCCACCCCAGUCUCGGAUGCGUCUUUGUUGUGGACAAAGACGGUAUUCCGAAAGCCCGCAUUGUUGGAGAUGCACGUGGCGGGAAGAACUUGACCAAUUGCACAUUCGGCGGACCAGACAACAAGACGCUGUUCAUCACGGACAGCAUGGAAGGGAACAUCCAAGUUGUUGAGUGGCACUGUGCUGGAGCGCUCCGGCCUCACGCUUCGAGACAGAAAUAA